GAAUACCCGGUGUACAAGGUAAGAAGAAUGCAUAUAUUGAAGAUAGCAACUAUGUCUAUGACGACAGCAACUCUGAUGACAAUGAGGACGAAGAUCAUGUUUAUAAAAUAUUUAACAGCACAUACUUGUACGUAGCAACAGUGACCACUGUCGCACAAUAUCGCGAGAUGAUUUUGAGUAAAUGUUGCGAAAUGAUGGAAUAUAACUUCGCUGACUUGAGCAGUUGCAAGGACGCAAACGGUAAUACACCAUUACACCUUAUCGCGGCCCUACCUGGUAUCACUUGUGACACUUUAGUGAAAUAUUUGUUGCAAGCCGGCGUUGAUCCACUAGCAGCCAACAACGACGGGCAAACUUUUCUGCAUAUAAUUUUUGGUAGAUUUAAAGCACAAAACGGUGCUAAUGGUGCACUGUGGUUUAAGAAUGAACGCCUUGCUAAAACAAAAUGGUUCGUCAAGGACAGAGUCGAGCUACUAGAACUGCUUUCCCAAGAAUUAUCACCGACAUAUACUGCUCUGUUGGCAAAGGCACAAGACAACGAUGGCAACACGGUGCUACAUGAAUACGCACUGUCUACAACAGUGGAACACGAACUCGUUGAAAACAAAAUUUGCAAAAAAUUACUAAAGUUUGGUGCAAGCUUGAGAGUUACAAACAACUCUGGCGAUGUUCCACUUCAUUACGCUCAUACUCCUGAACUGUUCAAGAUAUUUCUUCAGAAUGGUGCUGUUUGUCGGGCAAGAAAUGAUCACGAUGAAUCACCAGUUUUGUUUAUCUUGAAAGCGUCGGCCAACCUUGCAUUUGUUAAAACCUCUGCGAUUGCAGAACUGGCAGAUCAGGCUUUUGUGAAAACAACCAGUACCAGAUCAGUUCCAGAAGCUGUAAAAGUACUGAAAAACCUGAAGAGCAUAGUUUCACAAAACAAGGUUGCCAUGGAAACUGUUUGGAUUCCUGACGUAAAGGGCAACGUCCCAAUCGAUAUAGUGCUCAUCUCUAUACGAACUGGAUCUUAUGAUUUGGAGUCUACUCUUUUCGGCGAAGAUGAGGCUUAUGGAAUAGCCGCAACUGUGCUGAUGGCUGAGUUGUGCUCGUCUCUGGUAGAAUUAUUAGGUGAAAUGCUACGCAAUGCAACAAGUGACACGAAACGACAAAACAAGAAAGGCCAAAGUUUUCUCCACGUGCUACUCGAUAUGGGCGAUGACAACAAACACACGAUAAUUAGAGAAAACAACAUAUGUCAGAGCGUGGAAAUUCUUCUGGAGCACGGCGUGGAUGUAAACACAGUUGAUUCAAAGGGACGUACCCCUCUAGACAUUGCACACAAGCAUCACGACCAGAAAUGCGCUGAUUUGCUUAUUAAGCACGGAGCCACUGGAAAACGUCAUAAAAGGAACAUUUCAUCUUCAUCUUCACCUUCGACACCAUCUCUAUCUAUGUUCGAAGGAAUGUUCAAUUUACGUAUUCACAACGAAGUACGGAAGCUCCGAUCGUGUCCGACGCUUCAUUUGAAGAACGCAAAGCGUUUAACUACUGCUCCUACUACCGAGGUCACUGUCGUAGGAAAGUACCGUUAUUCCAAUCAAGACUUGAUUGGAUCUGGCGGAUUCAGUUCAAUCUUUCUAGCAAUUAAAGACGAGAACGUUGACAGCGGAUCUGGGACAAUCGAAUGUCGAGCUUACGCCUUGAAACGAAUGGAGAAAGCAAAGAUGAACCCCAAAGAGAUCAAACGAGAAAUUACGACCUUGCUUUCUAUAUCUGGCAAGUGUGAGAAUAUUAUCAAAUGCCACGAAACUGUCGAAGACAAGAACUUUCAGUACCUCUGUCUUGAUCUCAUGGACGGUGAUCUCGAAGAGUUUGUCACAAACGAUGAGGUCAAUAAAGUUCUGAAAUCAAAUCCGGCGACAGGUGCGCAAAUUACCACAGAGAUCAUCAAUGGUUUAAUAUUUCUUCACGGACAGAAAUUCAUUCAUCGCGAUCUCAAACCGGGAAACAUCCUGUACACAACAGAUCCCACUUUGCAAUUCAAGAUAGCCGACUUUGGGCUGACGAAGAAUACGUCGAGUUCAUCCUCGAUGUCCACCAUGAGAGGAAGUGGUGUUGCUAUGGCACCCGGCACACGAUGUUGGAUGGCGCCAGAGCUGGUCAGUAGGAAUUCAAGAGAGCAUAUCCAACAGUCCGAUAUCUUUUCCAUGGGCCUGGUACUUCAUUAUCUUCUCACUCUUGGCAAGCAUCCUUUUAGAACAGGAAAUGAAGAACCGGAUCACGUUAUUGAAAGAAAAAUCGUGGAGAUGCCUGCAAACCUCGAUCGAGCGUUGCCUGCAGAAGUCACUAGUUUUCUUCAGGUUCUUUUGAAAAAGGUUCCAUCCAGAAGACCGCCAGCAGCAUACCUCAGCCAGCAUCCCUACCUUUGGAGCGAUAAAAAGAUGGAAUUUCUGAAAGCAGUAGGCGAUCAACAAGAAGCUGCUUACCCGGCAAAUAAUCCCAACUCGGCAUUGGAGCUACGUUUGCAAACUACAAAUACUGGUCAACGUGUCAGGAUUAUAUCCUGGGAUCUGGCUAUCGGAAAGUUGUAUGAAGAAAUUACCAGAGCUUGGAAAUCUAAGAAGUAUCGAACUGACAAAGUAAUCGACUUGAUAAGAUUCAUUCGCAAUGCAUACGCUCACAAACAAGAGAGGUCGUACCAGACACAGCAAGAUCUUGUUGACAACAUUUUCAUACGGGUGUACCCUUCUCUUGUGCUUGAUGUUUUUGGUGUAGUACAAGGGUUGGGGUUUGAAGAAACCCGUAGCAGUAUUCGUGAGGCUUUAAACUUGAACACAUGA